CACUUUGAAGCACGUAUGAUUUAAAAAUAUACAGUAAAAAUGCAGCUUAUUUGCAUUAAUUGGUAACAGCAUGAAUACAUAACAUACACACUUCACAACUACAGCCUGUGAUACCAAAUUUUUGCUGAAGUAUAACACAGGCUGUGAAGUUCACAAAGCUAGGACAUGCACGUAGUUUUUAUCAAGGUAAAAAUUACAACAAUAAGAAGUAAUCACUACCAUAAGACAAAAUUAUCAGUCUUUCUUAGUCUCCCUUUGCAAAUAAUAUGUGCUUUAGAAUUAAAAACCUGGAUUUGAAUCUUGACACUUCCUGUGUGAUUUCGGCAACCGUUUUGUGAAAUCCCCAGGGAUAAAAGCACCUUAUAGGACUGCUGACUUAGAGGAGGUCGUACAAUGUAAAACAUCUCUACAGUGCCCAAAUACAGCUGCCUGCAAAAACCGUAUUAUCGGGCAAAUGUAACGCAGUCAUCAACUCUCACUUCCUGCCGCCAACUUUCCCCGUGUUUGAAAGCAGCUCUCUCUCCCAUUCCCUUCCUCCUCCUUUUUUGCCCCGCCCACUGCCGUAAAUCGCAGGCCAGAGCUGUCGUAAAAUCCUCCUCCCCGCCCUCCAUGUGGAGGAAACCCGAUCACGCUUGACGGCGCGGAGUGGCUGAGCCGCAAGAUGGCGGCGCUGGCGGAGGAGCAGACGGAGGUGGCGGUCAAGCUGGAGCCCGAGGGACCGCCGGCGCUCCUACCUCCGCAGGCAGGCGACGGCACCGGCGAGGGAGGCGGCGGCACUCCCAACAACGGCCCCAGCGGUGGCCGGCGGUCCCGGACCCUCCCGGGGCCGGCGCUCCGGGGGCCGCGGCCGUCUCGGGCUCAGCCUCAGGGUCUUCGGCUCCGGGGAAAGUUGCAAGUGUAGCUGUGGAAGACCAGCCAGAUGUCAGUGCCGUGUUGUCUGCCUACAAUCAACAAGGAGACCCUACGAUGUAUGAAGAAUACUAUAGUGGACUGAAACACUUCAUUGAAUGCUCCUUGGACUGCCAUCGAGCAGAACUAUCCCAACUCUUUUACCCUCUGUUUGUACACAUGUACUUGGAGCUAGUCUAUAAUCAACAUGAGAAUGAAGCAAAAUCAUUCUUCGAGAAGUUCCAUGGAGAUCAGGAGUGUUAUUACCAGGAUGACCUACGAGUAUUAUCUAGUCUUACCAAAAAGGAACACAUGAAAGGGAAUGAAACCAUGUUGGAUUUUCGAACAAGUAAAUUUGUUCUGCGUAUUUCCCGUGACUCGUACCAACUCUUGAAGAGGCAUCUUCAGGAGAAACAGAACAAUCAGAUUUGGAACAUAGUUCAGGAGCACCUCUACAUUGACAUCUUUGAUGGGAUGCCGCGUAGUAAGCAGCAGAUAGAUGCGAUGGUGGGAAGUUUGGCAGGAGAGGCUAAACGAGAGGCAAACAAGUCAAAGGUAUUUUUUGGUUUAUUAAAAGAACCGGAAAUUGAGGUACCUUUGGAUGAUGAGGAUGAGGAGGGAGAAAAUGAAGAAGGAAAACCUAAAAAGAAAAAGCCUAAAAAAGAUAGUAUUGGAUCCAAAAGCAAAAAACAAGAUCCUAAUGCGCCACCUCAAAACAGAAUCCCUCUUCCUGAAUUAAAAGAUUCGGAUAAGUUGGAUAAGAUAAUGAACAUGAAAGAAACCACCAAGCGAGUGCGCCUGGGGCCAGACUGCUUACCCUCGAUUUGUUUCUACACAUUCCUCAAUGCUUACCAGGGCCUCACUGCAGUGGAUGUCACUGAUGACUCUAGUCUGAUUGCUGGAGGUUUUGCAGAUUCAACGGUCAGAGUGUGGUCUGUGACCCCCAAAAAGCUUCGUAGUGUCAAACAGGCAGCAGAUCUUAGCCUCAUAGACAAAGAAUCAGAUGAUGUCUUAGAAAGAAUCAUGGAUGAGAAAACUGCAAGUGAGUUGAAGAUUUUGUAUGGUCACAGUGGGCCUGUCUAUGGAGCCAGCUUCAGUCCCGAUAGGAACUAUCUACUUUCCUCUUCAGAGGAUGGAACUGUUAGAUUGUGGAGCCUUCAAACAUUUACAUGCUUGGUAGGAUAUAAAGGACACAACUACCCGGUAUGGGACACACAGUUUUCUCCAUAUGGAUAUUACUUUGUGUCCGGAGGCCAUGACCGAGUAGCUCGGCUCUGGGCUACAGAUCAUUAUCAGCCUUUAAGGAUAUUUGCUGGCCAUCUUGCUGACGUGAAUUGUACCAGAUUCCAUCCAAACUCGAAUUACGUUGCCACGGGCUCUGCAGACAGAACGGUGCGGCUCUGGGAUGUUCUCAAUGGUAACUGUGUAAGGAUCUUCACUGGACACAAGGGACCAAUUCAUUCCUUGACAUUUUCUCCCAAUGGGAGAUUCCUGGCCACAGGAGCAACAGACGGCAGAGUACUCCUUUGGGAUAUUGGACAUGGUUUGAUGGUUGGAGAACUAAAAGGCCACACUGAUACAGUCUGUUCACUUAGGUUUAGUAGAGAUGGUGAAAUUUUGGCAUCAGGGUCAAUGGAUAACACGGUCCGGUUGUGGGAUGCCAUCAAAGCAUUUGAAGAUUUAGAGACUGAUGACUUUACCACAGCCACUGGGCAUAUAAAUUUACCCGAGAACUCACAGGAGCUGUUGUUGGGUACAUACAUGACCAAGUCAACGCCGGUGGUACACCUGCAUUUUACUCGAAGAAACCUGGUUCUAGCUGCAGGAGCUUACAGUCCACAAUAAACCAUCGGUAUUAAAAGACCUUUUGGAAGCUACUGUUAGAAAAAGGGAGUCUAAAAAGCAAAUACCUCAGUGAUUAAUAUUUAAGCUACAAAGAAUGUUUUUGUCUAUAUGAAUCUGGAAGUAUGCUGCUUGGAAGAUCUGAACAGGACAGCUCCACGUUUCUAUAGCAACCACAUUUAACUAAUUUCCGUUAGUUGAAUAAGAGGUAUUAUGUUCGUGGAGGGGACAUUUAUGGUGCUUUGGAUUGUGUGGAAACUAUGCAUUUUCUGUUCAAAUACUAUUUUAAUUUAUUAUGUUUAGAAAAAAAUUGAUUUAAAAAUUCAUCGUGCUUCAAGAUUCAAAUUAAGAAAUAUAAUACCAUCUUGAAUUUUAGCUGAAGAUUCUAUGAGCAUGUAUGUUUCUGCUGUAAAAAGUGAAGUUACUGUACGGCACUCAAGUACUAUGUUAAAUGAUCCACUAACAUUUUUUCUUGGCCUCUGAUUAGUGGACUGUAUGUAACUAGGUAGGGUGAACUACACUUCCUAAGAUUUAGGUGAAGUACAACUAUCCACUAAAACUUACACCUGUUUGAGUGCACUCAGACACUAAACCGGUGAAGAAGCUCAGCUUCCAUGUUCCACUUCAGCUAAAAUGGCUACAGAAAACCUAGAACACUUGAAGUCAGACAGACAUUUCAGUUGCUUACCUCCAGUACUGAGCCUUGCUUUGGAAAACUAAAAAGAUUUAGACCAAGUCACUGCCAAUUUUUGCCUUUGUUGCAUUUUGUACAGUUUUUAUAUUUUUGAUACCUUGUAAAUAAAGACAACCAGCUUUUCCAGGUUCA